CGUGGCCGAAUGUUCAUUUUUAGGUUUCUUGAUUGUAUUUAUCCGAGACAAUUCGGGAUGGGACAGCCUUUGGUAUGAAGCACUGGUUUCCACUGCCCGAGACUGCUUCUCAGCAUUUUUGGCCAGUUUCCUAGCAUACGCAACGCAUUAUCAACGCGUACGUCCAGUCAGAAUGAUUCUAGUCAAUCAUACAAUUUUCAUCGCUGGUAUUUUGAUGCUACGGUUUCAUCAGGCGAUUUUGUUUUUCUCGGCAUUGGCACUCUUAUCAAUGGACAUUUCAGCAGAAAAAUAUAUGAUCGAGUUGUGCAUUGAUGAAUCGGCAGUUAAUCAAUCAGAACAGGUUACAGAUCAAUCAACAGUUACUCAAUCAGAACAGAUUGCAGGUCAACCGACAGUUACUCAAUCAGAACAGAUUGCAGGUCAACCGACAGUUACUCAAUUAAAACAGGUUGCAGAUCAACCAACAGUUACUCAAUCAGAACAGGUUGCAGGUCAAUCGACAGUUAAUCAAUCGGAACAAGUUACAGAUCAACCAACAGUUACUGAAUCAGAACAAGUUGCAGGUCAACCGACAGUUAAUCAAUCGAAACGGGUUAUAACUGCUUGGUUGGUUAUAGCAGCAUUAGCAGGGGCCGUUUUGGGCGCGCUGCUGAUGCCAAGUCUUCCAACAAGUGCACAGCUCUUUAUUUCAGCAUUUUGGGUGGGAAUUGGUUGGAUAUUAGUCUUUUAUGAUAGUAAACUUUAUGAGGUAUCUUCAGGAGAUCAUGAAGGGGAAAAUCAUGAAUUAAGGCCGCUUCUGAAGUUACUCCCUCUGUGGGCACCUUUCCUUAUAUUUUAUGUUGUUGAUGCGGCAGGUAGCGCCUUCUUUGAUAAUAGAGCUUCUUUGGAUAUGAUACAGAAAUUUUCUGGAAUCAUAGUGUCGUGUUUAAUUGAUUCUGUAAUCGUAAUGUUUUGCGGCGAGGUAAACCAACAAGUACAACAGCGCAUUAGGCUAGCGAAGAUUAUUUUCGGGAUGUUGGUUUGUUCUUUGUUCUGCAUUGACGCCCGGCAUGUUCAGGAUAAAAGAAAAUCAGAAGGCUUAUUCACCUUCACUCGACAGCGUAUCUUGUUAGGAAUUAUGAACGAAAUGGUUAAAGAAAUGUUGGGAGAAUACUUCCGUGACCAAGUACCAGAUCAAUCCAUGCAUCAUUUGGAAUUCACAUUCAAUAGAUUUGUGGAAGGAAUGGGACGAUUGUUAGCUGUGGUAUGUAUUCUGGUUUUUAGAAAUUGGAUUGGUGAGACUGUCAACAAUGGCCAUUUAGACAAAUACUUUCAAACAUUGGCAGUUACGAACUUAUGUGCCUUACUUAUGUUGCUUUCUCUACCCAAUACAUGGUAUUGUAUAAAAGAGGCAGAGGAUCAUGAUAACGAUCUUGAGAACUUAGAAGAGGGCCGUCGCAGCUACUCUUUGGAAUCUCAAUAUUGCUCUGCACGCUCAUCAUCAGUAUCACAAUAUUUCUCUGCACGCUCAUCAUCAGUAUCACAAUCCAGUGUUGACUUCUCAAGCGAUGAAUCCAUCUCUGCAAGUUCAGAAGCAACAGUACUCCCAAACUUGGAGAGUGCAGAAUCCUCCCACUGGUCAAUUUUGUAUCGUGGCUAUGCUUAAUUGUUAAGAUUUGUUGUAAUUAAUUCAUAUGUCAAAUAGCUUUUCUUGUGAAUUUUUAUAAAUAUGAAACUCCGUAUUAUAUAUGGUUAUGUUUAUGGGUAUUUUUUUAUGGAAAGUAUUAAUUGUUUAUGAGUGUCUUAAAUUUUGUUGUAAUGUAUUAAUUCCCAAUUGGUUAAUGAUUAACAUGGUAUCUGUGCUCCUCAAACUUGGAUGUCACUUGAAAUGGUAGCACUCUAAUAUCAACUGGUCAAAUUCUAGAGGCAAUUAGUUCACUAUAGCUCCAAGAUAAGAUGA